AGUAGCCAUAAUAUGACCAAUAAAACGGCAUUUUCCUAUGUCGAAAUAGCAUUAUUGUAAAAAACAUAGCCAAGAAACCAUGAAAUGAUGAUUGCAUAUGAUAUGAUGGCUCCCUCUCUCUCUAUAAAAACCCUCUGCAUUCCCAACUUUCUUAGCGAAGAAAAUGGUGGCGGACGACAAGGGCGAAGAUCGGCUGCGGGCGGUGAGCUUCGCCGCCGGAACAGCGGCGUUCAUGGCGUGCAUUGAGCGUGCAUUUAUGGUGUCUGUUUUCAUGCAUUGGCGCGUGUGGGCUUUUCUUGCUUUGAAUCUCUUACUCUUAGCUAUUCUCUUCACUUCUAAACCCCCAAAUCCAUCCAACCAAAUUCAUCAAUGCCCAAUUGGUGAGCUCAAGAGGACUAAGAAGAUUAGGCACCGCACCCAACUCGUCCCGACUAACGGCGGCGCCGAGCCCGAGAAAUGCGCGGCGGUGGCGCCGCCGCCUGCGGCUGAGGGUGAGAGAAAGUUGGCGGAUUAUGAUGAGCUUUCUGAGGAGGAAUUGAAGCAGAGAGUGGAGGAUUUUAUUGCUAUGUUUAGGCAGCAUUUGGUUUGUGAUGCUAAGACUGUCACGUCACGUGUAUAUUGAUGAUGUUUUGAAGCCGAUUAUUACCUAGCUAGUAACAAUUUAUUAAAGUAAGGAGUUUAGUAUUUUAUUUAUUAAUUAUCCCACCCAUAAUUUAGAUGUUUUUUUUUGGCUCAUGCUUAUUUUUCUUUCUGAAAAGGCCUUCAAAUGUGUGUAUUGGCCCCAAAAUGGACUAUUGUAAGAUUUUUGAAUGAGCUUUUAUAGUUGAGUGAGUAUGUACUUGUGAGCUAGCUUAUCUGCCUUGUUAUCGAAUGAUAUAAGAAAAGCAAAUCUAAUUGUUUAACAA